AUGAGGUCCACCACAGUUUCCCUUACUCUUCUUUCCCUAUUUCAUAUAUCGGUUGCACAGCCAAGACAUCAUCAUAACCAUGCCCAUCAGCAUAAGGCAAAUAGGGCCUCGAUCUCGAAAAGAGAUAGAAUUACAGUCACCGACUCCACACAAACCACAACAACAGAAGCCCCGGAAGUUGUUAUCUACGUAGACCAACAUAACAACCCUAUCCGUACUACCACCGAAACGAUUGUUUAUGUGCCCAUGUCGAUAGAGACAAAUAGUACAUCAGCUGUCACAACAUCAACUGUCCGGCUUUCCGCUGUGUCUACUAAAGCUGUGCCAACGGGAGAGUCAUUACCAUUCGCGCCACCCGCGCCACCUCCACUGGCCUCGCCAUCUCCCGAAUACAGUCCUCCUCCUGAGCCGAGCGUAUCUCUUAAAUCGUUACUAUCAAGUCCGGAGCCAUCAGCUUCCUAUACACCAACCCCGCAAUCUUCGGAUGACGGCAGUACCCGUCACGGCGUGACUUACUCACCCUACAAGGGUAGGGGAGGUUGUAAAUCUGCAGAUGAUGUCGAUGCAGAUUUCGAACUCAUGGCCGAAGAUUACGGUGUCAUCCGCCUGUAUGGUGUUGAUUGCGACCAGGUUGCAACAGCGUAUGCGGCGGCUAAGAAACACGGCAAUACACUGUUCCUAGGGAUCUUCGAUAUUAGCUCUGUAGAAGAGUCUGUCGCAACUAUGGCUGAUGGCGUGAAUUAUGACUGGAGUAUGGUAGAUACCGUUUCGGUGGGCAAUGAGUUGGUCAACAAUGGUGGAGCAACUGUGAGCCAGUCCCUGGCCGCAUUAAGCCAGGCACGAUCCGCAUUGCGGGCUGCUGGAUACGAUGGUCCUGUCGUCAUCGUGGAUACUUUUGUAGCCAUGCUCGCUCACCCUGAGCUCUGCGACGAGUCGGAUUAUUGCGCUGUCAAUAUCCACCCCUUCUUUGACCCGAACACACAAGCCGAAGAAGCAGGCUCGUUUAUUACUUCUACCGUCACUAGGAUCCGUAGUAGACUUGCGGAUCCGGACCAGCGCAUUGUUGUUACCGAGACAGGUUGGCCCUGGCAGGGAGAAUCGAAUGGAAUAGCCAUCCCUGGAAUGGACGAGCAGUCUCUCGCCAUCUCAUCUAUCAAAGAUGCCUAUUCCGAUAACGCUAGCGACGUAAUCCUAUUUACGGCCUUCAACGAUAUGUGGAAGAAACCCGAGGCGGGCACUUUUAUGGCUGAACAGUUCUGGGGUAUGGGAGGACGGUAUUCACCCAGUGAUGAAUAGAGUGAAUGGGGAUGAUUGUACUAUGGGGGGCUUUUUAGACAGGUCGGAUACGAAGUAACGAGGUCGGAGAUAUGCAUGGGAACAGUUGGCUGAGAAUUUGGAUGAUGGGAAACAAGUAGCUGAAAGAUGUGUACGAUUUUGAUCUGUAUCCUAUUCCCUGUAAAUCAAUUUGGACACUGUAUUUUCCAGGUUUGAUCAUGAUACCCGAGGUGCUUGACUGCUGUCAUUAGUCCAAGCUACUCGCC